AUGGUGGACUGUAAACUGUUGGCUACUCCGGUUCCUGUGUCCCGACCUUCUUCUGAUUCUGUGGUUCCCUAUGCGGAUCCCACGCAGUAUCGCAGUCUUGCUAGGGCUCUACAGUAUCUUACUGUUACUCGUCCGGAUCUCUCUUUUGCCGUGAAUCGGGUCUGUCAGCAUAUGCACUCUCCAACCACUGAGCAUUGGGCUAUGCUCAAGCGUGUUCUGCGGUAUGUAAAAGGAACUCUGCACUUUGGUUUUUUUAUUCGUCCUUCCUCCUCUGUUGCGGUUCAUGCCUUUUUGGAUUCGGACUGGGCUGGUGAUCCAGCUGACAGGAAGUCUACUAGUGGUUUUGCGGUUUUUCUUGGUGGCAAUCUGAUUUCCUGGUCUUGUCGGAAGCAACGCACGGUUGCUCGUUCGUCUACAGAGGCUGAAUACAAGGCUCUGGCUGAUGUGUCUGCGGAGGUCACUUGGUUGGUUUCUCUGUUGCACGAGCUUGGAGUGUCAUUGGCUGCUCCUCCCACUCUCUGUGACAGGAAUUAUGCUCUAUCAGAAUACAUCAAUCCUUUUCCAUUGCACAUAUUGCCUAGAAGACACUAA